GGGUUUUUCACCUAUUUAUUUGAAGAUAAAUGCUACUUACUAGCACAAACUAUAGUUUCUGGGGUCUAUCAGUAUCAACCAAACUAAAUCUAACAAUCAUUUUCAGUGCUGUUGAGGCUUCUUGAAAGUGGUUGCAUCCGAAGAUUUCGCCUCCAGUCUGCGAAAAGAGAACUGAAUGAUGUGAAACUUUCAGUAGGCAAUGAAGUCCAUCGCACAAGGAUUCCUAAUAGAAUUACAAGUGUAGGAUUACUUUGACUGUCUUCAGAUUCUGCAUAUAUUUGUCAUCAUGGCAAAUCUCACUGAUGAUGUUGCUAGAUUGCAGCUCAAGGAAUCAAUGUUAGAUGGACCUAAAGGAAGAUACCCCCCAGAUGGCAUGGAGAUGAAACCUACAUGUAUGUCACAGGCUAACUCUGGAUGCUAUAGCAGGACGGAAAGCUUAGAUGUAGAAACGGACGCAGUACCAAGCAAUGAGGAUGUUGGUCAAGCCUUAGAUAUGCGAGAUCAGUUAGGAAUCACUCAAGAGAUGCCUGAGAAGUCCACUGAAGAAGACAUACCGGUAAAAGACAAGGAGAUGCCGGAUCUUAUAACCUCCUCUAAAGAACCAGAUCUUAGGAAUGACACCAAAACUGCAAUCAGUCCAAACAGGGAGAAUCCAGAACAGCAACAGACAAAGCCUUCAACAGUACUUCCCGAGGGGCAGCUUGCUAGAGUUGAGGACAGAAACCACACUCAAUGUUCUGAUGAAAGAAUGAGAGCUAACAAAACUGGUGAUUCUCAUACUGACACUGGCCAAGCACCCGUCGACGAUAUUGAUGUGGCUAAAGUUCAUAUCUCUGAUCAUCCUGCCGUGCCUGCAGCCCCUUGCAGUAGAGACAUUCAAGACGGGACUACCGCAUCACAACCCAACUCAAAACCAGCCACUUCUCCUAAGAAACGAACUAUGGCUCCUGUAUUUUCUUCUCAUCAAGCACCAACAGCUCCUCAUACAAGUACUCCACCCCAAGAAACAAACACUUUGACAUCAGAGCAUCGUAGCCAAGUAUCCCAUAGUGUGCCACCAGUUAGUGAAGACAUUGGAGAAGUUACCACCGCGGCACAACCCGACUCCCAAUCAACCAUACAAGGCAAACUCAACAUGGCUGCUGCUGCUUCGUCCUCUCCACUACCCUAUCAUCAAUCGGCAAGAAAUAUGGCAACAUCACCUCAUACACCAACUCAAGAAACAAUCCCUUGGGAAGAGGAACAUUUUGAUGUUCUUCUCUUACACAGCGAACAUGACACACACCACGUUGAAAAAUUCAUGGAAUAUGCCAAGCGCUAUUCCUGGAAGGUUACAAGUCCUGACGAAUUUCCAGCAAAUCUUCUCAAGCAGAUUGGCUUUAAUUCAGCAUUUGAGCGAAGCAGUUUCACAGUCCUGUUAUUAUCUGGCAACUUUCUGAAAGAUUGCUGGUGUGAGAUGCGAUACCAGACAGCUCUGGUCCAGUCAAUUGAGAACCCCGAAAAAAGGUUCUGUGUUAUACCCAUCAAAUGUCAAGACCACUUCAAGAUGCCAAUGGAGUUGAGCGUCUUAACAGGAGUUUAUUUAAAAGCUGCCAACUGCGAAAAGAUUUUGAAAAAUACAAUUCGUAUAGAGAGGAGAAUCCAAAGAGAGAAGAUGGCUGCAUCUGCACAUCAAGGAGUCUCAGAGGUGGAGACAGCAGGAUUAAGUCUGGAUGAGCUUUACAACAGAAAGCGUCCUGAACUCAAUCCAGGCCAGUCUGCAUCUCAUGUCUUCCUCUCCGAUGAAACCUUUCGGCAAAUCUGUGUUCGUCUGGACGAGAGGAAUGCAUUAGGCAGAGACUGGAGGCUGGUUGCUGAAAAAAUGGGCUUCAAAGCAUCAAGCAUAGAGGCCCUCAAAGUUGAAAAAAGUCCAGCAGCGCAAAUUCUAGAAUGCUUCUGUCAGCUCAAGACAGUGCAAGGGAAGUCCAGGAAAGAUAUUCUGGAAAUCUUGCGAAAAAUUCUGUCUGACAUACAAAGAGCAGAUGUUGCAGAUAUCUUGACUCACAUGUAAUAUGUGUAGGCAGAAACUUCUUGAAUUUGCCUGAUGGUCAUUAUCCUUUGUGUGAAGUCAGAGUGUCAAUUAGUAAAAAUUAUUUGUACAAAAAUGCCAAAAUUCUGAGCCAAAUAUGAAAUUAGUUUUAGAAAAAUCUGGAUUUUCUUUCAGAAAAUAAAGGAUAUUAAGCUAGUAGAGUGAUAUGUAUUUUCUUUUAAUACUGCAAAGCAUCUUGCUUCCAUAUAACAGCCUGAUUUACAUCUGUAUUUCAGUUGUAAAUUUACAAAGUUUCAAUUUUAUUACCAGUUUCAGAAUACUGCUAGUUGGAGCGCUGACCAAUUUUGUAACCGAAACAGACUAUUUUACAUAAAAAGUAGAUGGUACAUGCACUUCCAAUGGAGAUAGUACAUGUACAUGUAGUACACGUAUAAGCGCAGUCAAGGCACCAAGCUGUUGUAACAGCAUUACAUUGGCCUUUAUUUUUAAAAGAUUUUCCAGACAAAUUAGGAGGGUUAGAAAUAAUUUUGGUAAAUUGUGGAAAUACGUAAUGUGUUUUCCUUUGUAGAACACCCUCCAAUGUUGUCCAUGAUCAUGAUACAUGUCCAUGUAUCUCAAAACAGGCCAACGAAAAUUAUGCAUGUGUGUAAAUGUACAUCCUCCCAUGCAGGUGACUGCUAUAUAAUUUGUACAAUGUACAUUUGUAAGUUAACGAUUAAGUAAUAAUGUACUUUAAUAGGGUUAUGUGCAUAACGUGAUGAGAAUUAUAUAUUGUAAAUACGCGAAGGGUUUGGGAAAGUGCAGCUUUGUCAAAGUGCCUUCAAGGUACAAAUGUGACGUUCUUGUGUUUACUAAAACUGUCCAUCAUAUCAGUAUGGGACAUUAAAUCACAUGCUUUUGUUUAUAAAAAUUAAAGAUUUUAAACUUUAAAGUGUAUAAUAACAACUUGUUACAUGCAUAUGUUAUUUUACUUCAUCUAUAGUCAAUCUAUUUUAAUUUGCAAUGACUCUAAACAAAGUUGUUUCUGUUAUUUAAAGACAUUGUUGUCCCAACAUAAAAUCCAAACCAAAUUUGAAUCUCAAAUUACAUGAACAUGUACAUAUAUGAAGUGUUAACCAUGUUUAUAACCAGCAAAAUACAAUCAAUAUAAAUUUUAAGAAACUGAUUUUUUGUUCACACAAUGCCUGAAUAAUCCCCAUCAUUUGAUUGGUAGGUAAUACGUUAUUGAAUUAUUUGUCCCAAACCACAGCCUGGCCGCCCACAGAAAUAAAAGAUCUAUAUAAACAAAGUACAUGUAUAUUCCAAGGUAAACACAAGUUCCAUUGAAUGGUCACAUGAUUGGUGGCUCUGACCAAUCAGAUGAUGAGGAUUUAUUGUAUAAAACAAAUGAUUGUUUCACAUUCUUGCAAUAGAAAGAACAACGGAAAUGUAAUUUGGUGUCGGCAUUUUCUAAGCAAGAAGGCGAUUUCCAUCUGUCACCACAUGAAAUUAUUUUUACCAUUGCAGCCAUAGACAUUCAUUAUUUGUAAAAUGAAGCACUGUUGGAGAAGCGUUUGUAUCUCAUUCAGCAUUUGUCAUUAAAAGGAAAAAUUUUUCAUAAAUGAAUUAUGUUACGAUA